GUUAUGACUGUAAGUAAAAUUUUAACUAUGCGUUUAGUUGCGGUGUUUGAACAGAUAUUCGGCAUCAAAAUAGGUAGGGAGGAGAGCGAGUGGGCACUUUAUCUUGCCAUCACCAAAACAACUGCACUUAAUUUACUUGCGAUAUUCUCC